UUUUAUUUUAACUAAAUAUUUGGAAGAUGUCUGAGGAAUCAUAAUAUUCAGAACAUCCAGGAGGUUGGAUAGAAUGGUUUUGUGCACAUGAGGAUCAUCAAUUUUUGUGUGAAGUGGAUGAGGAUUUUAUUCGCGAUCCUUUCAAUUUAAUUGGAAUCAAAGGAAAAUUCAACUUCUUUAAUGAAGCCAUUAGCAUGAUUUUAUAGCCUACUUCUCCUGAAGAUUAAGACUUGGAAGAUGAAAGAUUUUUAGAAGUUUAUUAGGAGGCAUCUGACAUUUAUGGUUUACUUCAUGCUCGAUUCAUAUUUACAUCCAAAGGAUCUGCAAUCAUGCGCGAACGAUUUUUAUAAGGAAAAUUUGGUCAUUGCCCUCGAAUAUAUUGUGAAAAGCACAAUGUGAUACCUAUUGGAUUAUGUGAAGAUCUCAAAACUGCAAGAAUCAAAGUAUUUUGUCCAAGAUGUGAAGAAGUUUACAUGCCAAAAAAGAAAUGUGCUGAUAUAGAUGGAGCAUAUUUUGGAAAAUCAUUUCCUCAAUAUUUAUUAAUGACCUAUCCCGAUCUUCAUCCAAAGUUUUAAUUAUUGCCAGAUACAUAAAUCUAAGUAGAUUUUGAACCGACAUUGUUUGGAUUCAAAAUAGCAGGCAAAUAAGGUAGUAAAAUCAAGAAAAUUGAAUAAUCAUAGUAAUAUAAUCACAUUAUUACAUAAUCAAACAUUUCAUCAAUAGAACAAAAUAUACUGUCGUAAGAGCAAAAGUAAUAUAGAAUCUAAAAAUAACAAUAACAAUAGGAAUAGGAAUUAUAACAUGAUCAAUAAUAACAAUCAGAUUAGAAUAAAGAGUAAACUAAUAAGAAAAAGAACAAAAAAAAACAUAAACAUUGA